GGGCGUGCCCAGGCCGCUGAUGUAAACACAAAGUACGCCUCAUCCCCAUCGGAUAAGUGACUGUGAAGCGAAUUGGCCAGAUUAACCCAAAUAGCUGUCAUUGUCGGGGAAAACGCUCCGUCCUCCGUCGUGCGUAAUAUGCUUUAGGGCACCAAAAGGCGACGCCAUGGACUUCUACAUCAAUCUGAAGGUGAAUUUCAGGGGAAAUUCUAAAAAUUUCCUCCUGUCGGGAUCGGAGACCAAGAGCUGGGAGUCAAUGGAGGCAAUGGUAAGAGGGGAGAACCACCGGGCCCGAUCUCAACACAUCCGAUCCCAGCGCACCGUCACACCGUGUCGCUUUUACCCUUCGCUUUUACGCACAUUCAGGUGUCCUCGGUGUGAACGAUGACAUCGAUGUGCCACUGCGGAGCGUCGUGUUAACCCUUAAGGGAAUACUCUGGCAGCUUCAAAUAUGCCAUUGAUAUGCAAUGCUAAAGCAUUAGCAUCAUGCAGUGUGUGUCCCUGAGCUGAAGGAGUACAGAGCUGUGAAACAUGUCCUCACACUGACAGCACAUCACCGUGAGCGCUGUCACGGAGGACAGGGAGGAGAUGUUACACCGCAGUCCUUACUGGAUUAUAAUAGUGGUUUGUCGUCAUGGAAACACUGUUUACCAGCUCCACAUAAACUGGUCUGAGCAGUUUGAAUCAAAUAUCCACCAUUUGAGGUGUUUCCCAUUUUAUUCGCUCAGCUGCUGUCAGCUCUGUUGUUGGGUGUGUACUUGAAGUUGGUUUGGAAGUAACAGAAGAAGGUUGGAUUGAUAUUGGCCUUGUGCCAGAGCGCACUGUUAGAGCCUUUACUGCUCUAAUCUGAUGAAGUUUCUGGCCCUUACCUUGUUCCUUUGAUCAUAUUUAAGAUGUCUCACUGUUUUCUGAUAUCCUUAUAUUUUAUUGGCUAUAUUUUAUAUACCUAUAGGGGAGAGUGGGGUAAGUUGAGCCACCCCCUGUUGCUUUGGAAAUGGUCAAAGAAAUUGAUCAUGUGACCAAAUAUUUAGGAGAUGGGCAUCAAUUCAUGGAGUCUGUGAAGGUUAGAAGCACAUGGGUGAAGGAGUUAGACAUUUAUUUACAAAAAUAAAAAAACGUUUUUUACUCUUGAAAGUGAAUUUAGUCUGUCAUAAGUUUUAUAAGAAUUGUGUUCAGACCAAAAAAGAUCAUUUUAAAUUUGUUUUAUACAUCAAUUGUGGUAUCUAUGAGCUAUAACAUGAGGUCAAGUUCCACCAUUUUAAUUUAGAGGACUAAUAAAGUCAUAAUAGUAGUUCUGGGGUAAGUUAAGCCAGUGACUCAGCUGAGAAAGUAAAGGAGUCUGAUGAGAGGAUCAGAGUUUCAGUUCAGAUUGUUGAAAUGUUUGACUUUUUCUUUUCAUAAAUACAGCUGUGAAUGUUCAGAAUCACUUAAAGACAUUCUCAUGUUAACAUGUUUUUUUUUACAAAACAGCUUUUUCACAGUUAUAUGCAAUAAUAAUAAAAAGGAGACCACUUUUUUUUGGCAUGCUAUAUUAUCAAGACAGUUUUGUUUACUCUCAUCCUGUUGGUUUGCAGGGAUGCACAACAUCUUGAAAUAUAUGCAGAUACACUAGUUAGAGACAAAACUAUGAUUGCCUUGAUAUAGUGAUCCGAAAUAUCUUACCCCACGCUCCCCUAUAAGCUACCAGGUGCCUUGAUAAUUUGCACUUCCACUGCACAAGUCCCACCAGUACAUCAGUUAUUUCAGGCAAGUUAAUGUAGGGUUAUCUUCAUGUAAAGAUUUGAUGAAAUUAUAUAUUUAAAGCUAGAUUUUUUAAAGCUAGUUUCACCUUUUUGUCCGAUCCUUUUGUUGGAUACUUAAUGAUUUAUCUUGCAUGUUCAUUCAUAUUUUCAUCACCAUCAAUCAAAUAAAUAACCCAGCAGCUGCUCGGUGGCUGUCUAGCAUAGGUCUGGUCCUACCCAAGGUUUCUUCCUGUUAAAAGGAAGUUUUUCCUUGCCACUGUCACUCAUGUUAGAUGAGAUGGGCCAAAUCUGUCCCAUCUUAAGUUUGGGUCAAACAAUGAGUGUGGUCUUUACCUGCUCUUUUUCUUUGAAAAGCAUCUUGGGAUGACAACUGUUGUGAAUUGGUGCUAUAUAAAUAAAAUGUGAUUGAUUGAUUGAUUGAUUGAUUGAAAUAAAACCACACAUUGAUGGUGCAAAAAUUUUUACUUUAAUAUCUUCAAAAUUCAGCGCAUAGAGGAAAAAACACCCCUUUAUCGUGAGCGUGAAUAAGAGAUUUUAACCAGGAUGUAACAUGUCUAUUUUUACUGGGUGUGUAUGUGGUCUACAGCGCUUUUGCAGCCAUCCUCUAGUGGACAGUCAAGGUACUGCAGGUUUUAGCACCUGUACAUCAGCUGUAUUUCUGGUGACCAGAGGUUGCUGCUUGAUAAUUGCUAGAUUUGACUUGUUUAUCAGCUGCUGCCUAAUGUUCAGAUCAGUAGCAUGUGCCCGGCCACAAUAUUUUGACACUAGGCUGUGAACACACAUAGGGCUGAGAUAAAGAGUUAAGCUCAGUGAAACAAGUUGAAAUGGGAAAUAAAUAUAAAUAGAAUCAACACACAUUGGAGUACUUAAAAAUAUUUGUACUUUUUGAGUGUAAUUCCUGCUAAAAAGACCACACUUCAAAACUUGAGGUGAAUUUGGUAACACUUGGCUGGCUCUCUACGGUUCACAACUAUUACGCCCCUGUCUGUCAUUACGGCAUUCACAGUAAAACUGCCCUAUUUCUUUUGUUAAAUUGCUGACUAAAUAAUCGACCACAACAAUAGUGGCUCAAUAUUUGUUUAGGAUGGAGCUCUCUGUUUUUAUAACAACUCUUUCGCAUCCAUGACAAUGACCGGGCAGCCCGGAAAGAGGCUUAUGAAAGAAAGAAAAGGUCAUGCUGAGUAUUUGCAGCUCUUUAUGUGGACAGAAGAAUCAACCUGUGUCUGCGUUUGUGGCUGCCAUUCAAAAAGCAUGUACCUGAUGAGUCAUCAUGGCCAAAACAAGUCACAUUUCAGGCCGUUCGAGGGUUGUUGACCUGUCACGUUGCUGACGUCUGAAUCUCUCUGUUUGUCAAAAGAAAACCCUGGGAAAUGUGAUAGGGUAAGAGUUUUGAAAGAAACCGAGAGUAGCUGACGAUCAGUGAUCACAGAGCCCAUUAUUCCUCCAUACACAUUAGAAGAGCUUUAUUCACUUUCAUUGGGCACUGGCCCCCAAUGCACCAUUAUCAGUGCCUUCAUGUUUUGAGCACCUGUGAGCGAGGAAUGAGUCCCUCGGAUCUCCACGGUUAAAAGAGGCGUUGUGAAUGUUCAGCGGUAAGAAAGACAUUGACAUAUAGCUUCAGAGCUCUGCAUCUUUGAAUUUAUGGUCCAUCUACAUCAACCACAGCAGCCUGGGAGAGUUCAUUAGUUUAAGUGUUGCUGAGUCACAGAAAUCAGACUUCACUGUGACUUGAUGUUUCACCAAUAAGAGAGCUGUGUGAUGGGGUUUUGUGUCCAGGUUUAGCGUUUGGGCUGACUUUUUGGAGAUUCAUAAUGAGAUGCUACAGAGGAGAGAUUGUCACUAAGGUUGCAUCUUGUGUCAUUAAAUUGAAUUUCUACAAUUUGCCUUCUUGCUGCGUGGUUGUACAUGGAAAAAUGCAACAACAACACAAGCUGUCAACUGUGAAUACAUCGAAUGUCUCACGCAUACACAUAUCAGCAUUACUUUGUCUGAACUGACACACAGCUAGAUCUUAAAUAGUGACCUCUUUCUUCAUACAUCUCAUGUCCUUCAAAGAGGAGAAUUAACCCGUUAUACCCUGAUUUGAUCAAAUCUUUGUGUUUGUGUUUGGUGUGCAGGUGAAACGCUCUUUUGGUCUCUGCAGUCUUCAGCUGACCUAUUUCGAUGAGGAGAAUGAGGAGGUGAGAGAGCACUUCUUGUUUUGGUUUCCAAAAUAAUACACUUUUAUUGGACCCUCGUUUCUGUAAGGUUUACAGUGCAGCAGUUAAAGCCCAUUUUAUGACUGCCAGCUGGGGUUAGUUGUUGCACUUAAAUGAUCAGUGGCAAAUCCAGUUUUUAUGAUUGGGAUCAGAUGGAUUUAGGAAUAUAUAUCAAGUUGGAUCAUGUAAGGUUAUCUACAUUAUUGCAGUAUGUCUGAGUUAACUGAGCCAAAACACUGGACCCUACACUAACUCUAUUUCUACCAUGAGACUUCAGUUUAAUUUAACCUUAAAUUUCUUAGUCCAUGAACCAUAGCUGAUAAAAUCUUGUUGGCGCCACACUGACGCGACAAUUAAAUGUCAUGAAUUCAAAAUAUGAAUGGACUUCUAUUAAGAAUUUUCUCUUUCUCUCAUAGGUGUCCAUCAACAGUCAAGGUAGGCGAACACAUUCAGAAAACACAAUGUAAUAAGGAAACGUUUCAUAUGAAUGUCAAGUUAACCUUUAAUGUUUCCUGAUUUUUUUUUCUAGUGGAGUAUGAGGAGGCGCUGAAGGUGAGUUGAUUUUAAGUUAAGUUGUUUUUAACAAUAGUUUAAUGUUGGGAACAAAGAGGUACGUCUUAACUCUCUCUAAACAGACUGAAACAUCUGCAGAUUACUUCAGUAUAGAAACAUGUAGCAGAAAGUUGAGUUCCCCCUGAUCCAAAUCUGAGAGGUCCCAGCUCCAAAGCUCUAUAAAGCCCUUAUCUCCACAGUGUCCGUCCUCAGCUCUUUUAAAAUCUGUAUAAUAUACUGUCAGACUGCCAGUAUCAGGUUAAUAAUCUGCAUACAAGAUGGAUUAAGCUGGAGCUACACUGUGGGAUGAUAUCCAAGGAGCAUCCUCAUCUAAAUUAAAACUCUGAGAUGGUUUUCGACAGCAGCAGUUUUAAUCUUCCCCUUAUUAUAGCAUUCUUGAGCUCCUAUCUCUGUGAUUUAGGAUUAUUAAAACUUCAUUCAAAUGUACGAUACACAGCAAAGAAAUCAAAGCAAAUCUGCCUAUUUUGGUUUCAUUCCACUACAUUUCUGCUUCUCAUUGACAAAAAGAGAUUUCAUGCAGUUUAGGUCAGCCCUAGGUUGUAAGAAAGGCAGAAAAAUUAUCUUGUUGUGGUAACAAAAAAUCAAUCCUGUGGUCAAACAUGUACAAAUCUUGCUUGCUUGGUAUAACUUAAAAUAAAUACGCAGAAAUCUUCUGGAUUAAUUGGAUGUAAAAAAGCUGCAAAACAAAUUCUUUUGUUUGAGUUAAAUUAAAAAUUCUCUGUUCUCAGUUUUGCUGCUCUAGACUUUGUCAUAACAGUGAUACUGCCUCCUCAUUGACAAAAAGAGUUUUCUUCAUUUUUUUCAGAGUGCAGGACGGCAAGGAAACCGACUUCACAUGAACGUAUACGAGACUCGGGGUCAGCUGACACGGGUGCCUACCAACAAGGCCAGUGCAACGGAGCCAAAGAGGGGCUUCAGACCCCCACAGCACUGUCCUGCUCUGGCCCAGGUGGUCAGCCGCAAAGUCCAGGCUGCAGUGCCAGAACAGGGCAUGGUAAGAGCACGGACCCUGGGAGGGCGUUUGUCUUUAUAUCAGUCGUUUAAAUGCUGCAGUCGAGUUACCUUGGAAGUCAGAAGUCCGAGCUGGGAGAUGACGUCACACCCAAAUUACCAGCGUUUCAGUUACUAAGUCGGAAGAAAGCAAAAUCAGAGGUGGAAACAAGAUGGCUACAUCUACGAAAGUUGUCAUCUUGUUUCCACCUCCGAUUUUGCUUUCUUCCGACUUACGCUAGUAACUCGGGUGUGGCGUCAUUUCCAGCUCGGUGGAAUGAUGUGGAAGAAAAGUGUUGAUAAUGAUCAUUCUGGUUUGUUAUCAAGUUGAUCAUGAAAGAGGUGAAGGGGAACAAAGAAGAAGACAAGACUCCUCCAGCCUGGUUCACCUCCUACAUGGAGAAGGUACGAUUAGUCUCAGAAAGUGUUUUAAAGAGAAAAAACAGUCAUUCUGACCUCCAUCACUCCCCUUCAUUCCUCCAGUUUAAGGACCAGGUGGUCCGUGAGGCUGUGGAGAAGAUCUGCAGGGAGUUUUCUGGACAGUGCUGCAUCCACAAGCCCUUGGGAGGAAGUGGAGGAGCAGGGGCGGGAGGCGGAGGUAGAGGGGAAGCAGUGGGAGGAGCAGAGGCCCAGCAAGUCCCUGAGGUUUCUUCUUCCACUCUGCCUGGAGCUCCAUCCUCCUCCACCCCUCCCUGCUCCUCCUGUAGGGGGCAGACCACUGGAGGAGGCUACCAGUGCAGGUAUGUGUUGUUUAACGCCUCUAUAGACUGGUAUUAUUGGUGCUAGUGGUAUUAUAUGGGCGGCCAAGACUCACUGAUGCGUGAGGGAGCGAAGGCGGGUCAAUAUGGUCUGACCCAGCAGAAGAGCUGCUGGAGCUGGAAGAGUCAACGCUGUUUGUUACAUGUGGGGCUGUGAAGCUUCAGACUGGACUGGGAGUGGGAGUCCAUGCUGACCCAAAAUACCUAUACAGAGAACAUGAGCAUCAGAACUGGUAUCAAUGGAAGAAAGAGACCUGAUUUCAAGGUUUUGCCUUAGUCUGAAAUGACCCCAGAUUAGGGCUGGGCGAUAUGGUAAAAAAAAGUUUAUCACGAUAUAUAUUUUUCAUAUCAGUCGAUAUCGAUAUAUAUCAAGAUCUCUUCGAUGUUUUGUCAGAAGGUGUUACACUAGAGAAAGCAGACUGAAUGGUCGGCUGUUUCGGCUGCACAGGCGCCAUGGAUUCCUUGCUCCGCUUGGGGUUUAUAACCUUUUGCAUUGCGCGUGUUCUUCCACGUGGUUCUGCUUCAGGUGGUGAAAAAGAUUUGAGGUAUUCUCCAACUUUGCGAGAACAUGUACUCGACAUAAUUUGCAGUGCACACCACUCUGCUUCAUGUUCAACCUCAAAAAACCAAAAUACCUCCACACCACCGACGUUUUCGUGCCAGUGUGCUGUCGGAGAAACUCCCCUUUUCAUUGGCUGUUCGUAUAGUCUACCAAAACAUGGCAGAAUGCAGACUAUUGAAAAGGAUAUUGACCAUGUUUUAUAUCGAAAUUGAGGGAAAUUAAUUUUCAAUAUAUGUCGUUAUCGUUUUAUCGCCCAGCCCUACCCCAGAUCUCAAACUUAGCGAGCAUCUGAGAGAGGUGCCUGACCUUCUAGUUUGGUCCAUGACUCUCAUCUUCUAAGACUUAGAGGAUCUGUCAACUACUUAGUCUUAGAUACCACAGCACUCCUUCAGAGGUCUAAUUUUUCAGGCUCUGACCUUGACUGAGGGGGGCCAACAUGAUGUUUUCUUUCUCUGAUAACUAAAAUCGUAUAUUGAGAAUCAGUGUUUCCCUGGACACCCUAACUUGCUCUCUUUUUUUUCACGUGUCCUCGCCACAUAAAAACAGUGAAAUUACACAAAAGCAGAAACUUUCCACUCUUUCAUAACAGAUGGUGUUUUGGACUUAAAGGGAGCUGAGGCUUUUCCUGUUGCAUCAGAUUUAGUUUGUCUGUAUUCUUGGUCAUGAUGUAAGUCCUCGGGUUGGAAUUACCCUUCCUCUCAUCUUUCUCUUUCGUUUUUUUUUUUUUACCUUUCUUUGUCACUUUCUCUUCCACUCCUCUCUCUGCUCAGUGUGUGUACGUCCUGUACUCUGUGUGAACCCUGCAGCUUCUCUCAUGACCCCAGUCAUAACCUGGUGAGAGCAAGGACUCCCCUGUCCAUCCCAGAGCACGGAUCACCCGCCCCGGACCACAGCAGGUACGAUAUAGUCUUGAUUUAACUUCUUCUUUAACUUGCUUUUGCCGCUGAGUUGAAUCUGUCUCACAUUCGCGUUGUUGCUUCAACCCUUCAGGUUCUACAGGCGAGGUGACCGCAGCUUCAGGAAGGCAGAGAAGCAGCGUCUGAAAGCCGAGAAGCGCCUCCUGAAGGCUGAGGUCAAAGAGAUCAGGAAACAGCUGAGGAUGGAGAGGCGGGGUAUCCAGUGGAGCUCCUCCCACAGAGAUGGAAGCUCCUCCCCUGUCCUUCUGCAACCUCGAGCCACCCAGCACAACAGUCCCGAGUAAGUUCUGAGAAAAAGAAGAAACUGAAUGUAGCCUCUGGUUUUUAAAAGAGGGGCGUAUGCAGAGAUGUCUCAAACCAGCUUUAGUUUGCCAGUUAGGAGCGACUGAGGAAUAAACAUGCGAACCCCUCUCACCCACUCAUGACCACUUCUGGCUACUAAAAUACAACAUGGAGACAAAAAUAGGCCUCACCAUGUAGGCAUGAAUUAAUAAAGGAAAAUAAAGUGGCUACCUCUAUUUCACCCCAUGUCUCAGUGAAAAAGACAAGAAGCUGUGAUGAAAAAUGAAUUGUUUUCAUGAUAAGGACAAAAUGACUGUUUCAAAGAAAAGCAUGAGUGAUAAAAAGGUAAAACUGAGGAAAGUAGAAACGACUAAAAGUUAUAUGAAUUACCGUCUGUGAGGAUACAUGGAUCUAAUUAACAAGGCUGUGAGGGAACAUCAUGAAAUACUCAUGUGAGAAGCUGAGGAGACAUCUACGGUUUAUGAUGAAGAAGGACUAAUGAACCGUGUUUCUUCUCCAGGCGCCCAAAGCGUCCCUGUCCCUUGGUGGUUCCAGCCAUGACGGCUGCCUUUCUGGACGAGAACCUCCCAGAUGGAACCCGCCUACGCCCCGGGACCAAGUUUAUCAAGUACUGGAAGAUGAGGAACACUGGGACGAUCAACUGGAGCGCUGAUACCAAGGUGAAGAUCUCUUUCGAGCAGAUUCGUUAAAACUGUGUGGAAAAUUUUUAACUUUACAACCAAACUUCAGGUUUCCUACACAGUUGGAAUUACCAUACUUUUCCGAGUUUUUGAAUUAUUUUUGGAAAAACCUACUUUUCUAUUUUAGAAAACAGUAUUUAAGGACUUGGUAAUUGUCUGGAAACAUAAAUACUUUUCCAUACUUUAUUCUUCAUUUUUCAUAUUUUUUAAGACCUGGAAACUGAUCAAAUUUAUUUCUAUAGGUUUCAUACUUUUCCAUGUUUUACACACUUGUGUAGGAACCCUGAAACUUGUGAUUUCUUCUCAGAUUAUGAAGUAUAAAGAAAUCACUGAAGUUAAAAUCAAGUCCCACUAACUUGAUAACAUUGUUGGCAGUUAUGUGUUAUUAAAUAAAUUGGGUAAAACUUUUCUUGAUGUAACUCUUGAGGCAAAUCUUAAACCAGAUAGCAUUAAGAUAAAUCGUUGGAGUGGCUUUGCAUUUUUAUCUUAUUCUGAUAUCCUUGGAAAUCCUCAUUUAAGCGCCGUUCAUGCUGGAGUGCUUGCAUUUGGCUGCUAAUUUAAAACUAGACAUAGUUUGUGGGUGUUACUUUUUACACAGCUUUAUAGUCAUGAAACAACACAGUGUCUGAUGCUAGCUCCUCAUUAGCUGCUGUUAAACUGUGACUUACAGCUUAUAGUACCUUUAGUCUUCAUUGAAGGUCUUGACAGAGGGAACAGCUUUAUGUUAAAGUAAGAAUUCCAGACAAACCGGCUCCUGUUUACAAAGGAGUUACAAAGGGCGGUAAAGGUGGAGUCAGUCAUCUCUCAAUGAGAAGAAUGGAGGUUUGAUCCAAGGUACCACAGGCAGGACAACCUCACUCCAAUAGGGGUGGGAGAAAAAAUCCAUACAGCAUAGUAUCUAUGCUGUAUAUAUAUCUAUAUAUUUUGUCUGGUGAUAUAUCAUAUUGUUUACCAAUUUACCAAGUAUAGAUUUUUCAAAUUUAUUGCUAAAAGAAGGUCAAAUCAACUGUCUAUCCAGCAUUAAUAAGACAAACAUAAAGGAAAGCCAAAUGCUAAAUCAGCUAAACAGUUGAAAAAGUUGUAUAAAUCGCAAUAUAUUGUAUCACAAUACUCACUGUGUUGCAAAAUGUUAAAAAUCGCAAUAAUAUCGUAUCGUGGGGCCACUAGUGAUUCCCACCCCUACACUCCAGUUGUUACUCCAAUGUGGCAUGUCAUGUAAAAGCGCUCAGUGAUCACAAAGACCAGAGAAAAUCCUAUAUCCUCUAUUUUCUUUGUUUGAGAAGAAUAAAUAGCUGACUCCCCUGUGAAACCAAAAGAACACUCAGAGUAACUUCCUUUACCAUGUGCAGAGAGGAAAAGGCCGAACGCUGAAACAAACUUUCCAGAUGAGAGGAACUCUGAAAUUGCUUCAGUCUGGUCACGUCCUUGAAAGCGCUGCCAGACACAGGGCUCUGCUUCUGGGUGGGCAAGUCCUUCAACAUUGACUUAAUAGGACGGCCGAGCCCGACUCAGGACCACAAAGUUCCCAAAACAAGCUGUUCAGAGAUCCCUGUAAUCUGAGGAUUAUGACAGACUCAGUGUAAAUCAUGUUCUGGUACUUUGCUGUGAUCUGGACACUGCAAGAUCGUAAAGUGGGUCCAAAAACAAAAACAUCAACAAAUCAGUUUCAUUGUUGUGACUCACGGCAGGAAGUGAGGUAUUUACCGUGGUCGGCCUUUGGAUGGCAGUGCACUUAAGUGUCAUCUUGUCUCCUCCUGACAGCUGAAGUUCAUGUGGGGAAACCUGGCAGUGGGAUCUGGGGACCGUUGGAGGGAAGUGUCUGUCCCGUUUCUCCAACCAGGGCAGGUGAGGAAGCAACAUGAGCUGAAAUUGUAUUUUCACUUUAUGCAAAGUUAAUGAUCGACAUGAUCUUGUGUGUGUGUGUGUGUGUGUGUGUGUGUGUGUGUGUGUGUGUGUGUGUGUGUGUGUGUGUGUGUGUGUGUGUGUGUGUGUGUGUGUGUGUGUGUCCAGGUGGGUAUAGUAAGUGUAGCGCUGUGUGCCCCCACUGUGGAAGGCUCCUAUACCUCCCACUGGCGCCUGGCCCACGCCGGAGAGCAGUUUGGACCCAGGGUUUGGUGCAGCAUCGUGGUUGAUCCUCUGGCUCCGGCACCAAUGAUGGCUGAUGGGAUACUGGUGUCACCCUGUGUUACACCACAGGUACAAAGCAGUCCUAUUAACAAAAAUCAACAUGUCAAUUGAUCAAUUAAAUAUACAAAUAUACACAAAAAACACAUCAGAUAUAAAAGUAAAGUUGUGAAAAUGAUCUGAUGUUGUAUCUGCAGGGUAAGAACCCAGUGACAAAGGAUGGAAAAGCCUGUGCUGCUGCAAGGGAGCAACCUUUAAUGUCAGUGGACCAAGAAGAGUACUAUAUCCCCUCUGUGGACCUGUUAACUGCUCAGGUAAAAACCAAGGGUAGUUAGUCAAUGAUCGAACUCUUUUUUUUACCUAUACUGUCAUCCAAACCUUAACUGAUCAGACUUUGGUGCUGCUUGAGCUUCAGGAAUAAAUCACAAGAACAGAGUGGUCAGCUGCAGCCUCCCUUUUCUCCCCAAUGCUUCACUUCAUUAAUGCAGAUUUUCGGUGUUAAAUCUCCCCUCCCUCUGAUCCUCACAUACACGUUCAUUCUGCUGCCAUAAGAGCAAUCUCCUGAUAGUCACAUGCUCUGCAGAGAAACAGAAAGAAAGAGGGAGAAAGAAAAAGGUUAUCUGAUAUUAAUUCCACUUAUAAACGAUUACGGUGCGACCUCUACUGUUUGUUUUGCUCGUUGUUAUUUUAAGUUCUUGUUAUUUUUGUAGGAAUUUUCAAAAUAAAAUACUUUUUACACGCCUGUAGCUGCUGUUAUCAGCUGUGCGGUUGUGAACUGCAGCUUUACUGGUUUUCAGAGGCAACAACCAAGAGGCAGAAUAUCAAAUAUCUUUAUGUCUUUAUGCAAAAAUAUGUGUGUAAGCUAUUGUGGGACUGUACACUUUAAUGGAAGAUUGAUAGGUUUAGUUAGCCGGAUCUAUAAUCAUUCAUUUUCUGUGUUUUGACUUGAGAACAGAUAAAAAAAAAAAACACUUUUUUAACCUGAAAAAUAAGUUAGUUUUUUUAACUGAAAUAAAAAAGAACUGGGAUCGAUAAACCUGGCAGAAACUUAAUUUUUUACCUGAUUUCAAAUGAUUUACACAAGAAACAGAAGUGCGAGUUUAGACAGUAAAACAGAGAGUCCUUUACUUUAGCUGCCACACAUCUCUUGUUGCAGCUAAGUCUGUUUUGCUGCCCUCAAAGACAUCAGAGGCCGAUAAUCCUAAGAAAUAACGCAGAGAAUGAGCCCAACUCCUACAACACUGUCUUUCACACUCUUCAUGAUGUGAAGCUGUUUUAUCUGAUUGUAUGUUGUUGUUGAUCUCUCAGGAUCUUCUGUCCUUCGAGCUGUUGGACAUCAACAUUGUGCAAGAAUUGGAGAGUGUCCCAAACAACACACCUGCUGGUAAGAAGCAUUUCUAUUCAUGACUGUUUUAAUCAGGAACAUGUAGAGCUGACCUGAGACAGCACAAGAUCUUUGCUUGUGUUGCACUUGUGCUCGGAUGUGCUCACUAUAUAAAAAAAGGCUUUUUCUUCAGCCUGCUGUCGGUCAUUUUCUAUGGUACCGUCUCUCCGUGGUGGUUUCAGGUGUUGAAAAUGACCACAGAAAUGUUCAUCCUUGUUGCUGAUGGUCCUGCUUGUUUUUGAAGAGGCAUCACUUUCAGUUUCAGCCUUUAAGCAAAUUAUGAAACAGAAUCGAGACUCUACUGAGACCUUAACUCCUACUCAAAUUAUUUAUCUGCGAAUGUGUACCACUUUAAGAUGCUGGUAACUUUAAACACAUAAGCGGUAAAAAGAAACGGGUCUCUUGUCUUUUGUCCUUUCAGACAUGACUCCGUGCAUGUCCCCUCUGCCUCAAGAUGGCCAUUUGCAGGACAAGAGCAGUCCCUCCUUGGGUCUUAUCCAGGAAGAGACUGAAGCUAUCAAUAGCAUCAUGAGUAAAGUUUUUUUUUUUUUAGCUUGAGCUUUACUUGUACUAAAACCACAGCAGAACCAAUCUACUGAUCAGCCUCUUGGUUUACUCCCCUUUAUACGGCCCACUGAUGAAGCAUGAGCUGUGUCCUUGUUUGAGUUGUACAUCCUUGGUUAUCAUAUGUAUCUCCUUGUUCCCUUGUCCUCAGACGUCCCUCAUGGAGCAGGAGCUGGAGCAGAAGGAGACGGAGUCCCAGCUCAGGAGGAGGGGGAGGACGACAUCAGCGGAACUCAGUUUGUUUGCGAGACUGUGAUCCGCUCCAUGACUUUGGAGGAAGCUCCUGACCACGCUCCCAUGAGAGGGUCUCGUUCGGGGACGGGCAAAGGUCAGUCCCUUUUACAUUAGAUAUUGGACUGUUGGUUUACUCUAGGGUGACCAUAUUCUUAAUCCCCAGAAAGAGGACAUGACUACGUAGAGGUGGAAUCGUGUGUAGUUAACUUUGAGAGUUUUUCGAGUCGGGUCAAGUGUUUUUUUUAUGCGUUUCUAAUAUAAUAAGUCCAUGCAACACAAACUCAAAAUUUCCAUACAAAACCCCGGACAGUUGAAGGAUUUUAGUAACUCCCCCAGACAUGCUGGACAGCUCCGAAAAAAGAGGACAUGUCCGGGUAAAAGAGGCACUUAUGGUCAAGCUUUUGAGAAACCUCUUCUCUGUUGGCAACCUCUUUUGUAAAUCCCCCUGGACUGGGAUUACAGAGAUGAAACAGGUAAUAGGAACUAUUUCUGCAAGAUGUCCACCAAAUUCCCAUCCUCCACCUGAGUGAACAAUCUGAAAACAGGUGUUUGAGGCCUGGUAUCAAAACUCAAUCAGUGUCUUUCUCUCUGUUUCACACUGUGGCAUCAGACUGAAUUAAAACUGUCAUCUCAUGUGAAAUUAUCACGUUAUUGCUGAAACGUUUUUGUCCCACUCAUAAAGUCGAUCAUGGCUGAAAAUGUUGUUUUCGUACCUGCGUUUGGUUUUGAUUUAAAGUGCUCGACUUCCUUUUUGCUUGUAGUGGUGCGUCCAGCCGCUCAGGGGGGCUCCUCCUCCUCUUCCUCCUCCUCCUCUUCUUCCUCCUCCCCCUGUGUGAAGAGUAAAUUAGUGAAAACAGAGGAGAGUCCAGACAGCAGCCCCAGCAGCCCCAAAACCCCUCAGAAACCACCGGCUACUCUGAAAGCUUCCCUCCCUCCCCCGUUGAAAGCCUCUCUGCCCACUGCCCUGUCUGCAGCCCAAAUCCUGGGACCCGGCCCCAGCUCGGCGCCCACCCCACUCCAUGGUUCACCCAGAGCUUCAACACUGCAGGAGCAGGAGGAAACAGGUGACCGAUGAAUGAAAUCUACUCAGUUACAGGAGGGUGAAUCAGGGUAGAGGAACUAAUCUGGUUCUGUCCAAAGCUGACUUUUAAAAUUAUUCAGGGUUUUUUUUUUUGGUUCCCACAGAUACUGCUGAGGUUCCCCACAUGAAGAGCAUCUGUGUGGUGUCCAGGCAGAAGGAGAGGGAGAAAGAGCCGGGAGAGGGGAAGGAGAAAGAAGAGGAGGAGGAGGGGAAGAGAGAGGGCAUCAGGAGUCGCUCCUCCUCCACCUCCUCAGAGGAUUACAUCAUCAUCCUCCCCGACUGUUUUGACACAAGUCGCCCGCUGGGGGAGUCCAUGUACAGGUGGGUGACGUGGUCGUAAGGUACCAACAGCAGCGGUCAGUGAUCAGUUAUGAGCGUGUAGCAAUAAAGCUACAUAUAAAAGUUUCAUUUAGCUUAACGAAGUGCUGUUGCUCUCACUUUUUGUACACUCUUUGUGUCAUCUUACCGUAUUUUUCAGACUAUAGGGCGCACUUAAAAUUCUCAAAUUUUCUCAAAAAUUGACAGUGCGCUUUGUGGCUUUGCAGGAAAGCUCUGUGAGGGGAAGGACAACAAUCAAACUACAAAGCAUUUCUUGCAAAGCAAUGCACGACUUCUUAAAAUCCGAAUUCUUAAGUCUCCAAAAAUAAGAUCCUUUCUUUUUGCAAUUGCAGCUCAGCUCUCUCCCAGCCGGGCGACAUCCCGGCCAAAACCCCCACAGAUCCAGAAACUCCGUCUCCUGACCAGCCGACCGGUUCCAUCACAGAGGGAGAGCCGGGAGAAGAUGACGCUGCAGCGGCCCUAGAGACGGGGAUGUCGGGCGCCAGUAGUGCCAAUGACAUGCUUUGCACAUCUCAGACGCUGGACGAUGAGCCGCUGACACCUGAAGUGGUGGCCCUGCCAAAAAACGUCAUCACCCCUAGGUUAGUAUGGAGGUGGUGUAAACACAGUGGCGUUAGUUCAACAUGUCUACAUUAUUUUAUCGUCUUUAAACCUAACUGUUAAAGUUUGAUCCUUUUUCCGAACUGUCAGUUUUUGCUUAUUUGCCUAAAAAUGACAGUAGUUAGUUUUCAUUUCUCUGUUUUAUGUUGUAGGGUUUUAGAGGUGUAUGAGUGGUAUUGAGCUGGUUGUUAAUGCUUAAAUGUGUCCCGUUUUUUCAGCCCGGAGAGCAGUGGAGAAGGAGAUGUGGACCCUACAGCUGCCACAGAGGGAGCAGAGGGCUCAGAUCUGUACCAAACAGAGGAUGGUGAGCAAAACAACAAAAGAAGAUCGAUUUCAAAACUCUGAUAUGUUCAUGGAAGUGGGUCGAUCUCUAACCAGGUUGAUGGUUGUGCGAUAUUUUGCUGCCCCACAGAUUCUAAUUCUAAAAAACCUACGUCAGAUGAUCCCGAAGCUGCUGAAGGUACAGAGGAGGACAAUCCUGAAGAUCCAAGGUGAUUACUCUUUAAUUCCUCUCUCAUUUAUCAUGUGCAACAUGGCAAUUAUACCUCAUUUGUCCCAUUGACUUAUCCCCCAUCGUUUACGUUUACACUCUGACAGCAGCUACUGCAUUGCUUGUGCAUUUUGUAAAUAUUUCUUUUAUACUUUUUACAUUUUUGUAUUUUUAUUCUAUUAUAUUCUUCUAAGUACUUUAUUGGGUGUUAUUUGUACUUCUUUGGGUCGAGCGGUUCUUCUCCUCCAGAGCAUUUCAUUGCAUUGUUGACUAUGUUUAACCUGCAUAUGACAAAUCUCUUGAUCUUGAUCUUACACGUCAUCUGUUAUAUAAUCUCGGUGAUACCUGCUGACCUCUGUUCCACCUGCUGACUAAAACACCCUUAUCUGACCAAACUGUCCUCCCUCUAUCUAUCUGUUUCACUCUGGGAUAUCAUUUCUGUUGUUAUUCUGUACCAAUCAUCAAAAGACUCUAGAUUAUCAUAAACCAAACUGUUACAGUCCCAUUUUGGUAUAAAGUCAACGCAGGAAGUUUCAUCCCAUCCUUCAGUUGAAAAGUCCAUAAAAAAUCAUUUUGACGAACUUCUAAGAUUAAAGGCUUUUUUUAAAUGUCUGAUAUGGCGAUAAAGCCAGGUAGUCAAAUUUUGAAUAUAACCUCUUUGGUGUCUCCACAGACAUCCAGGCAUCACCAGCGGUUUGGUGAAAGGAGCUUUGUCCGUAGCUGCUUCUGCCUACAAAGCCCUGUUCACAGGUCAAGGCCCCACACAGGUGAGCAAGUUUCUCCUACCUGAGGCAUUUAUUUGUUUUAUGAAGUUCAUGGUCCUCUUUCAGUGAUAAAUCAAGGAUCUUGUGUUUUGAAGUGCUGCACAAUAGAUGUUCUAGUAUGGAAGUAAAUCUGUGCCAUCUGAUUUUUGAAUCUCUAAAGCUAAAAUUUUUUUGAAUCAACAUCAGACUUCGAAUUUCAAAGCCAUCGAAUUACAGAUGCUUUUUUUUUCUGACAUUAAUUUUUUUCACAAUGAUGGAAUAAAUUUGGUGUAAAAAAAAAAUAGUUUCUUAAAAUAUUUGUUUGGUGAACAAACAUCAACUGAAAAAAACUGUGUAAAAAAAAUUAAAGAUUAAAAAAAUUUAAUUGUCAAAUAAUUCAGUGUCAAAAAAUUCAGAGUAAAAAAUAAUAUUUUUGAGAGACCUUUUUUUUUUUACACUGAAUUUAUUUCAUCAUUGUGAAAAAAAUGUGUGUCAAAAAUAAAAAUGUGUGCUUGAAGUUCAAUAGUUUUGAAAUUCAAAGUCUGAUUUUGAUGCAAAAAAAAUUCAGCUUUAGAAAUUCAAAUUCAAAACCAGAUGGCACAGAUUUACUUCCAUAUUCUAGUUGAAGAUCUCAUCUUAAAACUAAAUUUCCUUCACUUUACCUCUUAUACUUUUAUAUAUUUGGUUAUCAGAGAGUAAAUUCGGACCAGCAUCUUAAUUCUGUUGGUUACACACAAAACCAGGCCUCCCACUUUAACUGUAAAUAUGAUUUCAGUUAUAGAGACUAAUGAGAUCUUGGUCCUCUGCAGCCUCCAGUAGAUGCUUCCACACAGGAAACCAUGAUGGCCGUGCUGGUGGAGAUGGGAUUCGGGGAUCGGCCGCUGAACCAGCGACUGCUAAACAAAUAUAACUACAACCUUCUGGAUGUUGUCAACGAGCUGGUUCAGAUGACCGACAAUGACUGGUACUCUACACGCUACUGACACGAAACACAGGACGAGACGCGAAAAAAAGAAAGAGAGAAAGAGAGAGAAAAGGAAAUGAAAGACUAGACUUUACAGAUGAAGAAAGAAGAGGCUGAAACAUCAGAAGACAGAAAAGCCUUUCUGCUCAUCUGCCUUUUCCACUUCUUCUGUGUAAUCAUAUUUAAAGACAUUCCUGCAAACUUUCUUUCAAACUGUCCGGCCUGCUGCGCCGGACCGUCAGACACCCACUAUCUGUAGUAUUACUUUCAGUUUAGGCCUUGAUAGUGGCAGGACAGCUGCCUUGAGUAGGACGUAAAAGAGAGGAGAAGAUAGUGUGAACUGUGUGUGUAUCAUUUAGCAUUACCCCGAAUGAAGAGUCAUAUAUCCAACAAGCUCCCCUGAGAAGAAAAGAAGCUGAUCAAAUCCAUCUGUUAGAGCAAAUAUCUAUGUCAAAGUAACAAAGAUGAGUAUGCACGUAAUGCUAAGUUUCAAAUCCAUCAUAAUGUAAAUUUGUGUUUCAUAUUUAUAGGAAACGUCAGAUUCACGGAAAUGCUCCACGCUUCUACUACUGCUUUUGCCCAGAACAGUCAUAUUCCCACUUCUGCACUUAGACUCGACACUUCAAAAUCCACAUAACAGUUCACUUUGUAACACGGCCGCUCAGUCAGAGUGUGUGUUACAUGUAAGAAUGAGAGAGCCACUCUGAAAGUAAGGUGCAGAUAUGCUACGGACCAAACGGCUCAGACUCUCUGGUGUACUUGGCUUUAACAAUGUGUUCCUCUGAGGUUGUUGCUCUCAAAGAGUCUUGUGUUUGCAGAAAAAAUGACUAAAGAACAUUCCUGGAUGUAGCAGGUGAUGCAGUGUAAGAGCGCCGUCGUAUCGUACAGAAUCGAGGGGCAUUGUUUCAAGAGUAGAAUAAGCUGUGACAUACAUAAACGAGUAAGCACAACGCUUCAAACUACCCGUGUUUGUUAAAACCAAGUAUACUGUUAACUUAAGAGCUGGGUAAGAAGUCAGCGUCUGUGUCUACAUUUUAUAUAACAGUGUUUCUUUUAUCAUGAUAGUCCAUAUCACUGAAACACAAACUAAGUUUACACACACAGAAACUACUGUAUAAAUAUGAGUGUAUGACUACUGAGAACAGAACUCUAAAUCUUACAGGACACAGGGACCAUUAAUUCAACCGAAAAACACGACGACUGUCUUUCACCGUGUUCUUUUGAUUCCCGAAACCUCUUUCUAGACUUUAUUUCUAUCGUAACCUCGGAUCUGUACGAGUCGACCUGGAUGGACAGAGCUCCCAGUUCCCCUCCGACACAGUUAUUUGUAGUAUUAUUGGUCUUCUGUGUGAAAGAUGUCGAAAAGCCACAUUUAGCUUGUCCAGAUGGUGAUCUUAAGGGACAUGGAUGAUACUUGGGUCAGUUAGUUUCCUCAUAAGGGAAAGGAAUGAUCAAGUUUAAGUGUGAAAGUGGCCUUAGAUGCUCCAAUACAUGUUUUGUAUGAAGUCAAAAUGGAAACUUGAGGGCUGACUGCCUUUGCAUUUUUCAUGUCGAGUCCUAAACUGUCACAGAAUCUUUGGGAACACCCCCCAAUAGCAGAAAUCGAAAUAACACACACCUGAUGUUAAUGGAGAUCACCAUCCAGGUGUCUCGUACAUCUGAGGGAACAUCUUAAUCAUCAUGACCUUGACUUGAGGAAACCCUCUUAUCACCGUACUCGUGUUUUACAUUCCUGAAGACAACAGGCUGCCUAAGUGACGGUAUGUAGUGAAGUGAGGGCGUGUAUUUGAUGAUUUGAUACGUCAGUCAUUUGACUCGUCUUUCAUGUGUCCUCAAAGCGAUCAGGUCGGGCUGAUAACUCCUAAAGCAUGUGGACUUGAGUUGGUAGAGUAUGUGCAGUGACAGAAAGGUCACUCCAAACUUAAAUCACAACAACAGUGUGUGUAACUGUGUGAAAAUGUUUGUUUUUUUCUUUUUCCUCCACAGUAUAAAUAGAGACAGGAACUCUUAGUCGAAAGCUAAGACUAUCAACGAAACUGAGUAACCUUAAGUUGAGAUUGUUUCAGGUGUUUUUGUUUUGGAUGCUUGAGUCGUCUGGAAAUGUAAAACUUUAAAGCUGUAUUAAGAGAUGAGCUCUUGUAUUUUUAGGCUUAUUGUGUGGUGAUUGAAUUUGCACUGCCGUACGUACGUGUGUUAGUGUGUGUUUUUUUGUUUUUUUCUUUGUGAAAAAUGUGGCCGGAUUGAUCUGAGAUUGUCCUUUUGUUUACCAAUGACUACCGAAGGAUUGGUGGGUAGAUACAGAAACACUUUAUUUAAAAAAGAGCUCUUAUAUGAUUAACAUUAACCUUCUUAUACUUUGACAGUGGUCCAAAAAUCUUUUAAUGAUCUCUCAGUUAUUUAUUCUUUUAUUUUGUCCAAGAUCCAACUACAAUUUCAAGUAAAUAAUCAGAUCUAGCUCAGCUGGUGGAGCUUUAGAUGUGUGUUUGAAGUAAUCUCCUGCCACACAUACACAGAUCUGAAGGAAAAAGCUGGUAUCCUCCACUUUAUCUUCAUAUUACGCAUUCCCAGGUUUCAUUUUGCUUCACCCUCACUUACCUGAACUUCACCGCGGUCCCUUCAAAAACCAUCACGCUCCGCUCAGCUGAAGUGGAGCUUGCCUGAAAUGUGCACCUGUGACGGAGGUGAAAAGUUUCACAUAUUGUCGUGUAUGUCGUUAAGUUUAGAACCAACUCUUGUCAGGUGAAGAUUUUUAUUUAGUGUAUGAAUAUAAGUGAAGUGUUUAAGGAGGAAGAGGAGGAGGAGUAACGCUGGAUUGUUUGAGCUUUUUUCUGUGUUGCACUUUAUGAACAUGGUUAUGAUGUACAAAUCAAUCUGUAUCUGAUUAAAGUUAUUACACCAAGGACAGAUUAGUGGCUCUUUUUAAUUUUUUAAAAAUUACUUUUUUAUUUGCUCACAUCCACUUUUACAAUAACAAUUCAACAGCCAUUAAAAUAAUCGCCUUUUUUUUUUUUAUAUAUAUAUACACAAGUGUAAAUGAAUAAAUCAGAAAACCUAAAUUUUAGAAAAUUUAAGAAAGAAGGAAAAAUAAAAAAUAAAAUAAAAAAACAACAAAAACCAUUAAAAAAACUCAAACAAACAAAACAAAACAAAAAAAGAACAAGACAAAAACAGUAUAUCAAAGACAACAGCAAUCAUAGGUUAUAAAUUCCCUUUACAUCAAGAUCCUUCAUCAGUUCAUCAGCACAUGCAUAUCUUCAUCAUUUACCUCUGGGUAUCAUUUACGAUCUCGCUCAGUACCAAAAACAAACAAACUGACAAAAAGCUUUAUAGGUUAUCUUUCCAUUUGUUCUCGCACCACCUCCUUUAAUAGUUGCCAUCCUUUUCUUUUUUUAUUUUUAACACUAAGACACACGACAUAUUUCCCAGCCUAGUAUAUCUAAAGUACUGUUUAUUUCCUACAGCAUCAUUAAAUAACAUGGAGGAUAUUUUUAAUUCUACUACAUUUACAGGGAAAUCUCAAAAACUGGCCAAUCAGCAGCAGAAAAAAAGAGGACAAAGUUGGAAACAGCAGAAAUAGCUAAGAACAAAACACACAAGGAACUUUAUGAAAAACCAUCAACCAAAUUGAAGAAAACAGACACCAAGGAACAAAACAAACAGCAACACAGUAUAGGUCAUUUUAAAGAAAUACCAACCAGUUUGAAAUGUUGGUUUCUAGUAUGUUUCUCCUUAUUACAGUGUAUGUGCACGUUCUUCAUACUUUUCAAUGUGUUAAAAACUGAGAAAAAAAAAGACACAUUUUCCAGACGCUAACUUGAGCUCUGGGCUCAAACUACUCCAAAGCUUAAAGUUUAAAACUUGUGCAUUUUCUGCAAAACCAGAUGAAGCCUCCAGUCCGUUCUGAGCUUCCACGCUGUGAUCAGCCAUCCCGGAGGUGACCAAAGGGAAGCAACAGGCCCUCACCACUGCUGGCUGUACUGUGAAGACUGUAAGAUAAACAACAAGCAGUUUCCUCCUCCAAAUCAGCUCUACAGCCUUAAAAAUAUGAUCUAAACUCGGGAUCAGAAAGGCGCUGACACUCACCGAGUAUCUGUUGGGGAUCUUGGCACUUUGAUGGAGAGGCGUUUUCAGGUCCCCGCUGCAGUGAGGACACUGUGCUCCAACUUAAAAAAGGGACAGUUCAAUUUAUUUUCAAUAUGCUUUCAUAGCAAGUGCAUUAUGUGCAUUUGAUAGGAGUCAGCAAUCGAGGGAAGCCAGAAUUCAUGCAUAGCUAGUUUAUUUACCGGGUCAUGGGUAUCCCAAACUUC